CACUCCAAAUCUGGUUCGUGCUGCUGUAUCAUCUUUUAUUUCCACUGUCAUUGCAUUACAGACGUUGCUGUGAGGAGUUGGAGAGAGUUAGGGGGCGCCCAACUGCUCUCCACACGUGUUGAAGUAGAAAACUCGCAAACGCAGCAGCAGUGAGCUGAAAAGCGAGAAGGGGAAGUGUUCUUGCUAACUGACUAUUGAUCACUUCCAGUCAGCUCCAGUUCCACCAUCAGGUACCCUUGGGGUAGCAGACAACUGCGAGAAGAAGCCCAGGCAAAGAAACAGCGCAAGAACAGAAAGAGCGCCCCAGAGAAAACGUACUGUCGGCACCGGUAUUCUCCAGUCUGCCAACGGGUUUAUUUCGCAGCCGCUGAGCGCUCUCACCAGCAACCUUACUUACCUAAGGAGCCGAAAGGAGCAACAUGAACCUCUUGUUUCGUCGAUCUGACGGGGAAGACGCGAUGAGCUGCAAAACCGCACAGGCGUUUAUUUGUUGGUAGCAGUCCAAUUCCAUUUUGAAUACCUCGAUCAAACCUACCUUCACCACCCUCUCAGGAAGUUCGUCCUAGACGCCACCCAGCCUCUGGUUAUUUCAAUCUUUCUCUUGGUGAACCAGUGUGUCUGAGAUUAAAGAUCAUGCUCUUCAGUGAAGGCUUCAAUCGCUAAGUGGAAAGGAAACUGAUAAUGAGUAGGCAAUAAAGUUGGAUAUAUUAAGAAGGGACUAGAAAUGUUGUGCCGAAGACUGCGGUAUUUCAGGUAUAGGCUGGUUCGAUGGACGCUGACAGGAAUCUGCUGUUCAAUAACCUUAUUGUUUCUUGUGAGCCGUGACAAGGGUCCUUUAAACCAGUACCGAAAUUUGGAGCUUGUUGAAGAGGACCCCAGAUAUUAUGUAAAUUGCACUGGCAUUAUCAAUGGAGACGAAGAGGCAAUAAAACUGGCUAAACUUCAGGCACUCUCAAUUGUAUAUAAAAAACGUCCUGUAUUGAGGGAGAAAGAUUACAUAGAUGUGACCAAACACUGCUCCAACUUCACCAGGUUGCAAAGAUAUAUCACAUUUCCACUUAGCAAAGAGGAAGAAGAAUUUCCAAUAGCUUAUUCAAUAGUAAUCCAUCACAGAAUUGACAUGUUUGAAAAGCUUUUACGGUCGAUAUAUGCACCUCAAAAUUUUUACUGUAUUCACGUUGACAAAAAGUCAUCUGAAACCUUCUUGGCUGCAGUUAAGAGCAUAGCCUCAUGCUUUGACAAUGUCUUUAUUGCCAGCCAGCUCGAGAACGUAACCUAUGCAUCCUGGAGCAGGGUUCAGGCUGAUGUAAACUGCAUGAAGGACCUACUUGAAAGGAAUUCAACAUGGAAAUACUUAAUCAAUCUCUGUGGCAUGGAUUUCCCGUUAAAAACCAAUUUGGAAAUUGUGGAAAAACUCAAGGCCUUAAAAGGAGCAAACAGCUUAGAAUCAGAGAAGACGUCAACAUAUAAAGAAAAGAGAUGGAAACACAGUUAUAAAGUGGUGAAUGGGAGAAUAAAGGAUAUGGACACGAAUAAAGAAGCUCCUCCAAUUGAAACACCAAUGUUUUCAGGAAGUGCCUACUUCGUUGUUAGUAGAGGUUUUGUGGAAUAUUUAUUUAAAAGUCCUAAAAUACAAAGGUUUAUUGAAUGGGAAAAAGACACUUAUAGUCCAGAUGAACACAUGUGGGCGACACUCCAAAGAAUGCCUGAUAUGCCUGGAUCCGUCCCUGCUAAUAAUAAAUUUGAUAUCUCUGACAUGAACUCUUUAGCAAGGCUAGUAAAAUGGAGUUACUUAGAAGGCGACAUUUCCAAAGGAGCACCUUAUCCACCCUGCACUGGUGUACAUGUCCGUUCAGUGUGUGUAUUUGGAGCUGGGGAUCUGAAAUGGAUGCUGCAGCAGCAUCACCUAUUUGCUAAUAAGUUCGACACAACAGUCGAUGGCUUUGCACUUCAAUGCUUACAGAAGCAUCUAAGACAUAAAGCUAUUUUCAAUCUUUUAAAUUACACUUAGGCAUGAUCUUCCCAAAGAGCUGGGAAUGAAAUUUCUCAAGGAAAAGAGGGAGGGCUUCUGUCUUUUUCAUAGUUUAAUAAUCUGCAAACACACCACGGGACAUUGUAGGCUUUUUAACAAAUGGCCCCUGAUAUUGACGGGAACGGGUUGCACAUGUGAGGGGGAGAAUUUUUGGUUGUGUCCACGCAUGCUGUGGAGUUUUGGCUCCGCAAUGCAUAUCUUGAUUCAACAGGUUCCCUGCCCAAAAUCAUCCUGAUUGACAUACUUGGCUUCUUGUCAACCAAGGAAUAGUCUGGAGGGUGUCACAGCCAUUGUAAAGUUGUUUGGGGGUGUGUCUCUAAUUGGCCUGGGUGCUUUCAUGGUUGAACAUAAACCAUUUAUUAGUAAUCCAUAAACAUAUAUAUAUCCAAGGUACAGCCCUGUUUUGGUGCUGUCUCCAUGCUGGCUCUUUCCAGACUGUGCUACACAUAGUCUACCAUCAUGUGACUAUCUACAUCAUACCGUGGGAAUGACUGUUCUCCAGUCCCACAUUAACUUACUCUGCCCGAACACCCUUAUAAUACAACAGCCACAAGAAUAGGUGGAUUCUAUUGCUAUGUUAGUAGGAGCAGGAGGUGGUCCAGAUCUUGGGAAGAGAUUAAAUCAGGGGAAGGAGUGCGAUCUCUGGUCCCAGGUCGGGGUCAGAUCCCUGAUCUAGGUGGGUGGGGGUGGGGGAGAUUUGAAUGUCAGGGUCCAAUGGUAGGGAAAAAUAUAGCUCAUGGGCCAGGGGAAGCACUCCUCCUAAAAAGCAGUUUUACAAGAGCUCUAACCUUUUCUCUCAAGCUGUCCUUGCUUCCUUUGAGACCCAAGGAACCCAGCCAGCUAGUUAAACUUGCGAGACAGGUUAAAUGUGAGAUUCUCAACCCCAUUAUAAUAUUUAAAUAGCCAACCCGCAUCCUGGGAGCAGUUGGCAACCAUUCCUUGUCCUGCUUCCAUUGUGUUUGAAAUUUUAAAAUUUUUUGCUUCUCAUCUGGCCCAACCCAUCCAAUUUUCCUGAUGAGACUAUACCCAUCAUUCUUGCAACUGAAUUUUCUUUGCAGAUAGAUAAUUAUGGAGAAAAACAGCGUCAUUCCUAUCUUUCUUAAAAGAGUAAUUCCACCAAAAUUGCCAGGCUGGUACUGGUAGAUGGCUCAUAACUUUUCCAGGUCACAUGCAAAAUUGGGCUGCACUCUGCAAGUCGUUAAAAAGCACUACCUCUGUGUUUAGUGAACAGUAUGCAUGUGUACUUCUUUGCCAAAUUAAGAAAAAGCUGAAUAUUUAAAUGAGAAAAUUUCUGCCAAGUCAAUCGUAUUAUUCAAGACUCAAUGCAAAUUUGCAUUAUUGAUUUUUUAAAUAAUCUAUUGGUUAUCAAAAAAAAUUAGUUUAAAGCCACUUAUUUUAAAAUACAAUGAUUUUUAUUCAGUCAGUAUCUUAAUGGCCCUCAAUAUUCUCAGUAGCAAUGAGCCCUGGUCUUCUCAAUCUGGCUCCACCCAAAUUUAGACCUUACAAUUUAUUUGAGUGCUGCCCUUUGGACUCUGUUCCAUGUAACCCUUUAAGAAAAAGAAUACACACACAAUAGAAGUUUUGCAAAUAUUAAAAUCUGUCAUGUAGUUCAUUUUUAUAAUGUUCUCAUUUUUAAAUGAUCUUGUACUGUGUGUGUACGGCACAUCCAAUCUACGUGGAAUUAUAUAGAAACUUGUGCACAUUCAACCCAGUUGGUCAAUACUGGUGUUCAUGCUCUGCUUGAACCUCCUCGUAUCCUACUUUAUCUCACCCAAUCAAAAAAACAUUUUUAUCCCUUUCUCCCUUAUGUGCUUAUCUGGCUGCCCCUUAAAUAUAUGCAGCCACAAAUGUUCCUUGUAAUAACAAGAACUGCAUUCUAACUACUCUCUGGGUAAGCAAGUUUAUUGCUGAAAAGAGACAUGUUGCCAAGGCUUUAGUUUUUGUCAUUUAUAAUUGUCUGCUUGCAUUGAGAUUGAUUAAUUGCACUCUCUCCACAUCUUAUCCCUACUCUCCUCUAUGUAAUUUUCCUACAUAUACAAAUACUUCAAUGCAGGGAUUGAGCUGACUAUUGGGUUUUCUGUUGUUUGUCUUUACCAUAGCUCAAAGCAUUUCAAAAAAAUGAGUUGGAAAUUCAAUUUGGUACAUGACAUAGUGUGCCCUGUGUAUCUAUCGCAUUCAUUUACAUGUAUUUGACUUUUCAAUUUGAAAUUAUUUCUGUAAUUUCACAUGACUGUAGGUUUCUUGGGGUCAUGGGCAGCAUCCUUCCUGCACAUCAGAUGGAUUAACUUUAAGCAAUUUCCAGGCCUCCAAGAUUAUCUGGUGAAUUAUUUAAAUUAAAUUAACCAUGCAGAUUGCAUCAUUCAGCAUUAAUAGCACCCUAUACACAAAGUCUGUAACAAGGGGGUAGGAUUUUAUACCUUUCUUCCCUGUCAUUCCUUCCUCCUACAAUCCUUAGGCUUUUUAAAUCUAAGACUGGAGUUACCCAAUCAUUCUUCCUGUUUUACCUUGACUCAUGCUUUACACUUUUCAAAAUUGUCCAUAAUUAUGGGCUUGGCCCUUCAUCAUGAUUUCUCAAUUUGGUUGGUUUUUAUUAUAUAUGUUAAUAUUCUGUACUGAACUAUACUAUUGCUGUAAGUAAUAUUGUUCACAACAAUGUUUUGAAAAUUAAUCCUUGUCCUGCUACAGAUGAGUUGUGGGGCUCUCUCAGGACUCAGCAGGUGUACUCAUUCAAUUAUUGCUUUGAUGUGCUCAGGCAUUGGGCUUUCAAUCGACGACAAAAUCAAAAGGAUUCUUGAUAGCCAGCAGAAAGAAGUAAGAUAAGUAAUGCAUUUCAAAGUUCACUUCAAAAUGUUAAAAAAAAAUGGCUGGAAGCAAUCAAGUAGGUUGGAUCAUCUGAUAAAAAUGGUGGAAGUAUGAUUUAGAGUAAAGAAAUAGGAAAGAAGUGAAAUGGGAUAAAGUAAAGAUAGGGAAAGCAGAAUUAAAGUAUUUCCAUUGUUUUAUAUUUAUUUAAAUUUAUGGUUUAGAAUUAAUAUAACAAUAAUGAAUUCAUUUCUGAGGCUUUAUUUUCCUCAAUGGGGCAUUUACAUACUAGCAUAGUACUGAAACUGCACUCUUGUCCAACAAUAUAACUGCUGAGAAUCAGCCCAAUUUUGUUCAGUGAACCUUCACUAUAUAUUCAUAAUGAUCUCUUAAGACUCUUUGCACCUUCUAUAAGCAGUCUGCCAC